UUUCCAUCCUAGAUAAUUAAGAAUGGCUUCUAAAGCAGAUACUGAAACUGAGAAUCCGCUCCAAAAGUUUCAGACCUCGGACCCUCAAACUCGACGCUCCGUAUUAUUCGGUUGGUUGGACUUUGCCAAGACACCAAUUGGAGUUUCCAGGUUAAAAGAAAUUUUGCACCAAGUUUUAAAAGUUGAUCAUGAGAAGCCUUUUCUAACCAUGAUGUGGGCAGCUAUGGCUGAUGCCGGCUGUGCUGUGGAUGUGGAGAAGCAUAUAACCUUCCAACCAUGCAAUCCUGAGCUGAAUAUGGCUGGCUUAUUUGAUCCUACUAUAAACAAGAUAAUUCUCUGCCAGAACGUGUUCCAGUCUAUGUCCUCAGAUGACAUGAGAGCUUCACAUAUGAAACAUGUGUUGACUCAUGAACUUAUUCACGCUUAUGAUACUUGCAGAGCUGAUGUGGACUUUAUGAAUAACCAUAAGCAUAAGAUGUGUGGGGAAGUCAGAGCUGCCGCGUUAAGCGGGGAAUGCAUGUUUAAAUAUCGCUCUGUGUCCUCAACACUAGCUGGAUUCAAAUCAGCGCACCAAAAAUGCGUCCGCAGCCACGCUCUCGGAUCUUUUAUGGCAGAGCAUCCAAGCAUGAAUAAAAGCGAGGCCAAUAAAAUAGCAGAUGAAGUGUUCACUUCGUGUUAUAACGACCAUGAACCAUUUGAUCGACUUCCUUUAUCAGAUAAACACGCCCAGCUUUCAUUCAAAGCCUAUUUAACCAGGCAUAGAUAUUCAAUGGAAUAAACACAUAUAUUUAUACAUUUUCAAUUUUUAAAUGGGUUGUUUUUUUCAUCAGUUUUUUUUUGCUGUGCAUUGCCCACAACUUAACUCUUUUCUUUUUGGCAAACAUUAGUUAAGAGCAAAUUGCUCUUUUCUUGUUGAUUUUCAGGUUCAAAUGUUAAAAAUGAAUUUUUAUAUCAUUUUGUGUAAAAUUACAUAAAUCUCUUCAGAAUAUUCAAUAAUUUAACGUUCUUUUCUGUUUAG